AUGAAAUCACUAAUAGUAACUGAGAAUUGCAGAAGAACAAAAACUAAUCCCGAUCAAACUUCGAUAGUUAGCUAUUCAACAAAUAAGUCUUGCGCUUCUAGUGUAAUAAAUAUGUUAUUUAUAAAUAGGAACGCAAGACUUAAGUCAAAGUUGCUUGUAAAGUAUUAAGCGAAAUGAGAGAAGAUGAAUCAAGUAAAUUAGCAAUGAAAUUCACUUAACUAAGAAUUGUUCUAGCCACUUAAUCUCUACUGCAUAUAUUACAAAAGUACAGAUCGGCUAAAAUGUAAACAUACUUUUGGAUUAUCUAACAAGAAAGAAAAAUCAGACCUAAUCAUUAUUUCUAUGAUUUAACUCAGCCAAUAUCGUUACCACGUGUUAUAGAUGACAUAUCAAAUCAUUAUAAUAGACAAUUAACACAAUAAGACUCAUAUCAGUAAAUGCCUAAUGCGACAACAAUUGUACUUUGCCAAAUUUUAAAUAAAAUUGUAAUGUAACAGUAAAAGUCAACCUUCAAGAGAAUCAAAGAACCAUCCAACAUAUACAAAGCAAUUACUCAAAUAACAAAAUUUAUUAAUUAAUGUCAGAACAGGUUUUAAUAUCUUGUACUUUUUAAUAUAAUGAGGAGCAAUCAAAACAGGAAAAUUUGUAAAACAAGUGUACUUGAUUAAAAUCAUGAAAUUUUAUCUGAAGAGGAACAGUAUGAAUAAAGUAUUGUCCACCCUGAUGAAUUUUCAAUAAAAGAAUAAUUAGCAAUUAAAUUUGCAAGCACUACAAUUAUUACUUCUAUCUUAAAUGAAAAAAUAAGAAAACUAUAAUUUGCCUUGCUUUUCAAUAUGAUGAGAGGCCAAUUUUAAAAUAAAUAAUUAAGUCUUAUGAGAACAAAUGAGAUUACUCAGAUUCAUGAAUAGUCAUAUUUGGAUGACAAUCCAACUUUAAGAGGAUCUAGUCAUCUUUGCUCUGUAGUCUAUAAGCGAUUAUCAGCUUAUUUAUAGGACAUUAAGACAUUUCAAUUCGACAAUGAACUCCAAAUUGGGGAUUCUCUAAAUACCUUGAUUUUACACAAGCAUUCUGAAGAAUCUCAUUAUAAUUCAUAUGGGGAUCUUUAUACAUAAAGGAUAGUUCUUUCACAAUAUAGAAAUGAAGAAGAGGAGAAUGACAGUGAGAUCAGGACACUUGAAAAUAGUAAAGACUUCAAGAUGCCAUGUUCUCUCCAGCAUAUAACAGAUAUUGAAAUUGAGGAAUCUACAAAUGAAGGAGAAUAGAAAACAUAAAAUACUGAAAAGACAUAACAAAAAAUUAAGAAUAAAAAUUAAGAUCUAAUCAAGAAUGCUGUGAAAUCUUAUUGUAAAAUGCAAAAGAGAAAACACAAUUAAUUGGAGGGUUCAAGAACUUUAUAAAUGAUAGAAUCUAGAGAGAAGGAAAUGAAGAAAGUUAAAUACUUGGAUAGACACUUUUAUAUUCUUUCUAUUAUUGGAUUAUGCAUGAUUACUUUGAUCUUUUUGAUUUUAUAAUGA